UCGACAAAGUCUCAAGUAAAAUUGGCCAAAGUAAUAAAAGUUCUUGGACGAACUGGUUCACGAGGAGGUGUUACACAAGUCCGUGUCGAAUUCAUGGAUGACACCACACGUACAAUCAUCCGAAAUGUAAAAGGUCCUGUCCGGGAAGAGGACAUCCUUGCGCUCUUGGAGAGUGAACGUGAAGCUCGGUAA